CUGUCAUGGCAAAAGAUCAAACUGUUUUCUUCAGUUUUCGGUCUUAUUGCCGCGUUCUUGUUUUUCUCUCUGCCUUAUCAUCCAUUUCUCUCCUCUACUGGUCUUAUGUCUUUGGCUAUGGCUAUUCCUAUAUCAAAAUGACAGUGACCAAUGAAGACAGACCAAUUGAUCUCCUUAGAUUCCCAAAAGCUUGGAACCAUCUUGUCUUUUCAUCAGAACAAGCACCUCAAAGACUCCUUAAAAUUGCUCUGUUUGUCAAGAAAUGGCCAGAUGAACAUCAUGCUGGAGGACUUGAACGACACGCUUUAACACUCCAUCUCGCCUUAGCCAAACGAGGCCACGAGCUUCAUAUCUUCACAGCUAAUUCAUCCUUCCCUUUAUAUCCAACAAUCAGCAAUCUCCGUUUUCACAUCUCGAACUCUACUGCUGCCGGAUAUCUAGACCAAGCCGUUGUUUGGAAGCAAUUUCAAAAAGAAAACGCGACAAAAAGGCCCUUCGAUGUGAUUCAUACAGAGAGUGUAGGACUUAGGUAUACUAGAUCAAAAAACCUGAAUAAUGUUGCUGUUAGCUGGCAUGGAAUUGCCUAUGAAACUAUACAUUCUGACAUCAUACAAGAGCUUCUCCGAAAUACUACUGAAGAUCCAGAGUCGUCACAUGCAUUGACUGAAAGAGUGAAGAAGGUUAUUGAAGAGGUAAAGUUCUUCCCAAAUUAUGCUCACCACGUUGCCACGAGCGAUCAUGCAGGAGAUGUACUUAAAAGGAUCUAUAUGAUCCCAGAAGAACGCGUUCAUGUCAUAUUAAACGGUGUCAGUGAGGAGAUAUUCAAGCCUGAUGUUACAAAGGGCUAUGAUUUUAGGUCCAAGAUUGGAAUCUCAAAAUCAAAGUCCCUAAUCCUGGGGUUAGCUGGAAGGUUGGUUAAAGAUAAGGGGCACCCUUUAAUGUUUGAAGCCUUACAACAAAUUUUCAAGGAAAACUCAACAUUUAGGGACAAUGUCAUUGUACUAGUUGCUGGAAAUGGUCCAUGGGGUACUCGAUACAAAGGCCUCGGAUCGAAUAAUGUUAUGGUUUUAGGACCAUUAGAACAGGAUCAACUAGCAGGAUUCUACAACGCAAUAGAUGUAUUCAUAAACCCGACAUUAAGAGCUCAAGGUUUGGAUCACACCUUGUUGGAAGCCAUCCUAACAGGUAAGCCUUUGAUAGCGACGAAACUUGCUAGCAUUACGGGGUCUAUUAUCGUUAGCGAAGAGAUGGGUUAUACAUAUGCACCUACAGUAGGGGAACUGAAGAAAGUUUUGUAUGAGGUUUGGGAGGAUGGAAGAGAAAUUCUAGAGCUGAAAGGAAGAUUUGCUAGGGAGAGGGGAUUGAAGUUGUUUACCGCUACCAAAAUGGCUGCAGCAUAUGAAAGGCUUUUUCUUUGUAUAUCAGAUGAUGAAAAGCAAGCAGAAAAACACGACAAUUAUUGUAUUUAUCAACCUCAAUCUAAUUGAAAAAUUAAAGGGUCCU